AUGGCUACCUUCCGCCCCGCCAUUCUCUCUGCCUCUUUGGGCCGCGCCUGGCACCAUAAGUUCGACAAAAAAGCUGCUGAGGCCGCUAAACGAGGGUUUCAAGGUAUUGAAGUCUUUUAUGAGGACCUUGAAUAUGUGACCAAAGAACUCCAGGGUGUCGAGGACCCCAACACCGAGCAGCUCCUUACAGCCGCGACACACAUACGCAAAGCCCUCGACGACGUAGGUUUGAUAGUUGUCGGCCUCCAGCCGUUUCUUUUCUACGAAGGUCUAUUGGACCGGGAGCAACACGCGCGCCUGAUUGAGAAGAUCAAGGUGUGGUUCAAGCUCGCCAAGAUCCUGAGAACCAACACGAUUCAGAUCCCCGCCAAUUUUCUUCCUGCCGAAAAGCUCACAGGCGAUAUGGAUGCCAUCGUUGGCGACUUGGUUGAGCUCGCAGACCGUGGAUCCAAGGAAGACCCACCAAUACGUUUCGCUUAUGAGAGCCUCUGCUGGAGUACGUGGAUUGAUACGUGGGAGAAGUCGUGGGAAGUGGUGCGCAAAGUUAAUCGUCCCAAUUUCGGCCUCUGUCUUGACACUUUCAACAUUGCUGGCCGUGUUUGGGGCGAUCCAGCGUCCCCUUCAGGAAAGACUCCGAAUGCAGAUACAGAUCUGAAGGAGUCGUUGGAAAGGCUGGUGCGCGACGUUGACCUAGCGAAAGUCUUCUAUAUCCAAGUGAUUGAUGCCGAGCGCAUGGAGUCACCCCUCAUCAAGGGCCAUGCCUUUCAUAUUGAAGGAAAUCCAUCGCGGAUGAACUGGUCGCGGAACGCGCGAACUUUCAUCUACGAAACGGAUCGCGGAGCAUACUUACCAGUGGAAGAUGUCGCUCGGGCUUUGAUAGAGGGUCUUGGGUACAAGGGCUGGGUGUCAAUGGAGCUAUUCUCCAGGACUAUGUCGGAAGAGGGUGCUCAGGUGCCCGUGGAGCACGCACGGAGGGGCAUAGAGGCUUGGAAAAAGUUUGCUGAGCGCCUGAAUUUGAACCAGUGA